UUUCCCAGUCCCCAGUCCACCACAAAGUAUGACUCAUCACACUGCCCUGCUGGACCAGGGUCUCGGCUAGAAUGGUUAGCAUUUCCUGACAACUUUUUUCCCCCCCUUCAUUCUGAUCUGGGGUGCGACUAGUUCUGCCUUACACAGAACAAACAAGACCAGAGAUUAAUAUCACUUGAUACACCACAUCUGUACCCCCUGCAGAAAGGCAGAUCUCCUGAGCUGAUCCUGGAAUGGUUGGGUGACAUUCUGUUUUAUGAGUCGGGGGUAGUGUGUAUUGGGUUGCUUGGCUGUGGAGCUGCACAGUUUAGCGGAAUUCCAAGGGAUUGCUGAUGCUAGAGUUUCUGGACUGUUGAAAUUUCGUGGAGUUAAGUGGACUGUGUAUGACUAACAAUUACUCAACAGACAUUAACGAUCGACACCAUGACGUAGGGGCUACCGCCCACCGGCAGACCCUCAGCGAUUCCUCACCAUCUGGAUAAACGUGCCCAUACACACACAUUUCACAACUCGUCGGUGGACCUCAGCAAACCAAGCAUGGCCCAGAGCCCCUACCUGUCACCCUCCUCCCUCAGCUUGCUGCUGCAGACGGCAUUGAACAAUGACACCACGUUGGCCCCGCCCUUGACCCUGACGCCCACCACCGAGGUGCCCAUGCUGCCCUGCGACGGGAUCCGCUAUGAGUACGAGGUGCCCAUUGCCGUGGUGUGCGGCAUGUGCUUUGUCUUCGGCAUCAUCUUCACGUUCUUUGGUUAUCGUUGCUUCAAGGCCAUCAUGUUCCUGAUUGGCUUCCUCUUAGCUUCAGUUGUCAUUUUCCUGAUCUGUCUGGAGGAGAGCACCUUGGUCAUCGGGGUGAACGUGGGCAUCUCCGUGGGGGUAGGGGUGGUGUGCGGCCUGGCCACCAUGCUCUUCAAGGCCUUCGGCCUCUUCGCCACAGGCUUCCACGCCGGGGUGCUCCUGGCCGGCGCUGCUCUGGUGGCGCUGGAACAGGUCUACCACCCAGACGUCAUCUGGGUGCCACUGGGCACCGCGUUCGGGGUGGGCGCCAUCUGCGGGCUAGCCACGCUCAAAUGGCAGCGGCACCUCGUUAUCAUCGCAACAGCAAUUGUAGGGGGCGCUGUGGUGGCCACCUGCGCAGACUAUUACCUUGAGCUGUUCAGGAUGGUGGAGUACGUCUAUGAUCGGUUCCGAGUGCGGGAGUCGCAUGAGCCGUGCUGGUACAGUUGGCUUAUACUGGGCACAUGGCCCAUCAUCAUGCUGCUGGGGAUCGUCAUACAGUAUAGAGUAACAGCCAGGGGAUACAGUCAUAAAGACGGUAAAAAGAAGGUGAAAUCGCAUCAUGUAGAAAUGCACAAACUGAGCAAGCAGCAGUCGAAGGACGGCAACGAGGUCCGACUACAAAAAUACCAGAAUCUUUACCGGGUGCGGCGGUGCAAUGGAGACGUCGUGGCUGUGAGCUACCUGCAGAGCAUCCAGAACCAUCUCUCGCCAGAGAUGCAGCGCAUCGCUUCCACAACGCACCUGCCUCCCGAGCCGAUCAUCGCACCCCCAAUCCCUCCCCCUCCUGAGACCACCACCACCACACUACUCAGCAACGCGUCCACCACCAUCACCACUGUUGGACCAGUGACCCACAUCGAUGAUGCCGAUAUUGCAGACGUAUAGCAUGCUGAGUUUAUGGAUAUUCUGGUGGUGCCAGUGUUAAAUGGUCUAGACACGGACCCUUGAUAAGGAGUACCUACUGGUAGUGAUAGCCAUUAACCUCAUCUCUCAAGAAUUGGUGCAGUGGCGUAAGUUCAUCAGUGGAAAUUCCCUUUUAGUCUGAUCAGUUGGAAAUACAAAGGAGCUCUAGCUGUAAGUUUCUUGAUAGGGCAAGUUGAGUUUAGCCAACUCAACCUCAAAAUGUCAUGCCAACAGAAAAGUGGACGUCACUAACACUGCUUCUGAACACUGCACAUGAAUUCUGUGUAGUUGAUGCAUUUGUCUCCAACACGUGAGAAUACAGUCCCUUUAAAGGUCACUAUAGAGAAGUGUCAGGUGGUCACCAUGUGAGGUGCUCACCAUGUGUGAAAAUGUCCUUUUUUUUAUUCUCGCAUUGGGUGGUAAAAUCCCACAUUCCAAACCGUAGUAGUCAGCGAGUAUUUUGCUCUAUCGUGGCAGUGUGUGGGAGAGAGAAUUUCUGCCCCAUUUAAGGUAAAAGUAUUAGAAAAAGUAUGUAUUUACUCUAGGUCAUGAAUGUCAUGUCAUCCCAUUGUAAAUAAAUACAUGUACAUGUAUGCAAGCUAUGCUGAGCCAUCUGAUUAAAUUUAACAGUGAAAGUUCCCGACAUCUCCAAUGUAGAUGUACACGCAGUUUCCAUCCUGCCUGAUUGUUGAUGUUAUUAAGCAGCUGUGUGCAAGAAGUUUCUAAGAGAUGAAAUCCAGUGUUUGAGUCAAGUCCUUUCACAAAUCCCUUAACAAGUCCAGUCACAAGUCCCUUCACAAGGCCAGUCACAAGUCCCUUCACAAGG